UAAAAAAACGCCAAUCGCAGGUGGUUAUUUCAGAGAAAUACUUCAAACAAAACAAACGAAACACACCACUAAUUACAACAAUAACAAAAAGAAAUAGGAGGAGCAAAAGGAAAUGACGUAUGCUGGACUUCCGGUUGUGAUUGUUUCCCGUUGUAGUGGCCCAAAAGUGGUUGAAGUGAAGAUGAGCAGCAAAACCCUUCUUAACUGUGAAACGUCUUCUUUGCGACACCCAAACAACAGACUGAGCGCGCACCUGGAGCAGCUACCGUUCAACUACAGGGCGACUGUACUUCUCCCGGAUUGUGGCUGCGCUCCUUCUCAACUCGAUGAAACAUUAAGAAGUUUCCAAAGUUUCUACCUGGUCCGGAACCUUCCGCUUUAUGAACUUCUGGACGAACACCUGGGCCGUGGAAGCGUGUGCGGCCUGUCCUACAAAACUCGUAUUGACGAAGACAACUGUGCUUUCCUCAAGGCAAAUGGACAUCUGUGUCUGUCGCUGGACAAAGACUCCUACGAGCUGUUGGGCAUUGAAGGCAAAGCGUGUAAACCAAAGUCCAGCCGAUACGUGGUCAGCGUGGAUUUGAAUGACAGAAGCAUGGCUCCUGGCAGGCCACGCUACCAGCGUCUAUUCAGCGGUCUGACGUCACGCCUUCCGUUAAAGAUGGAAUUCCUGUUGGCGCCUGCUUCAGGGGACCCGGACGCGCUGCAGCCGCUGCUAUCAAGGUACGAGUGGUCACGACACACACCCGAGGUCAGCUGUCGCCUUCUGACCCAUUUGAGCCGUCCCGACCCGCUGACUUGUGACCUGCGCUCCUAUGACCCCUUCGACCUUCUGGAGUGGCUCGGUGCCGUCCAAGCAGAUAUCAGCUGCGACAACGCUGCUGACAGCUUCCUGUCUUCCUUGGCGUGCCCUCAUCCAUCCGCCCAGUCUUCUCAGAGCUCGUUUCUCCUUGAGGUGCGCGGUCUGCUGCUUCCCCAAAACAUCAUGACGCUGGUCAAGCAGCUCAGCCACUUCCUGGAGCGUCCCCUUUCGCCACCCUGGGCGGCCGUUACGGUUCACGGCUUUAUGGACAAUCUGCACGUGCACGAGCGACACUUUUACACGCUGGUACUCUUCCCUGACCACGCCUACUCCCUGCACCUGGCCACGCCAGCCUCCUGACCACACCCACCUCUUUGCAAACACUGAAACGGACUUGGAAAACAUUGGACUUGGAAAACAUUGCGCGGUUUUUUUUUUUCAACGUCCAAUUUCUUUACAGAUUUGAAUUACAAAAGUCAUCUUUUAUUGUGUAAACUGACUUUGGCACAGGGCAUCCUUUUAUUUUGGUAAAUAAAUGUAUUUGAGGUUUUGUUUAA